AUGAAUACACAGCAGGGAAAUUCAUCACAAAACAAUUUUGAUUGGUCACAGUUUGGGAAUCUAAAAGUAUCUUAUCUUCCACCAUCAAAGCGUUUUAGCGUUUUCGAUUUACCGCAAGCAGAAGCGAAGUCUUUUUACAACUUUGUAGAAGAUUCGUAUUUAGAAGAGAAACAAAAACCGGUUUGUCCUGUUUGUAAAACAGAGAUGAGCUAUAGUGAAAUGUUGCUUCAUGUUGCUAAAUGUGUUGACUAUAGAAAACAGAUGUAUGGGUAUGAAGCAACAAAUAAUGUUGGAGCAUCACAAUCAUCAACCCCCUCUACUGAACCCAUCACUAAUACCACACCAAAAAAAAGAAAGCAAGACGUUAUUGAUGUAGAUUCUGGUGAUGAGGAAGCAGCUCAAUGUUGUUUAGCAGUCAACAAACAUAUCACUUCCUGUGCAUAUCAACAUAACGCUUGUUCUCAUAUUAUUCAAAUUAGUCACGCUAAUGGUGUGGAUAAAAUACCAGUGUGCAAACCAAAGCACUACAGAGAUCAGAAUUUCCUCAAAAUAAUUGAGAAACGAUUUCCGAAGGACGUAAAUGACACAAGUGUUGGUGAAGAUGUUGAACAAGUAUUAUGCUCAGGCGGCACUUUAUGUAAUCAAGGUAUUAACAAACAACCCAAAGUAAUUAACAAGAACGUCAUCAGUGUUUGGGGUAAUCCAACAUCCGGUACUCGAAAUAAGAAAAAGAAGAUUUAUAUGUCGUUUUGCAGUAUGGAUUGUAUGUUUUCAACUUUAGGUAAACUCUCAUCUCCAAGCAGCUGGAACAAAAUGGCGAAGAAAUCUGACGAAGAUGGUGCGUAUACAUAUGAACGUGAAUCUGAGAAAUCUAAUGUUGACAAAUCUACUGACAAAUCAACUGACAAUGAUGCUGAAUCAACACCUCCCAAAAAAAAGAAGAGAUAA